AUGUCUGACAAGAUUGAGGAAAUCCAUGAGAUAGAGGAACCAACCCAGAGCCAGAGUGAAGAGAAUGGCACUUCGUGGACCAAAAGAACCCAUGUCCAGCGCGUGGAACGUCCUCUGCCAGAGCUUAACUCGAAGAAUGGAGACACUUGGACGUACGAUGAAGAAACGUACCGCCGAGGAGGCAUUCUCAUCCCGGUCGAGGUCCCAAGCGACGCCGCUCCGAGUGACAACGUGGACGUCAAGAGUGCAAGGCUCAUUCUUCUGUUCGGCCCCCCAGCUGCGGGAAAGAGCACUGCCGCAGCAAACGUGGCCGCCGAGCUUGGAUUCAUUCACAUUUGUCCCGAUCAAACGAUCGAGCGUCUGGGGGAGACAGGACCGUACAUCGCUUGGCUGGCGGUUGUCCAGGCCAUUGAGACAGAGGGAUCUGUGCCGGCCGAAUUGCUGUUUCGUCUGCUGAAAAUGGACAUCCAGAGACACAUGGAGUUUGGAGCGACUACCUUCAUCAUUGAUGGAUGGCCACACUGCUCCGAGGACUUCACUCUGCUGCACGAAACCUUCACUAUCGUGUCAGCUUUUCAGCUGUACGCAACUCAAGACACGCUUGAAAAGCGCACCAUGCAAAACCCCAUGACCUUUGAUGAAGGUACCAAACGCCUCAAGUCCUUCCGAGACGGAAUGGUGAGAUAUUACCAAGAGCUGGGUGAUCUCCUCACUCUGGACAGCUUCAAAGACGUUCUGAUCCCGAUGAGCGCCGAACACGAUUACCAGGUCUUCUACCCACAGAUCAAGUUCAUCAUCGAGAAAAGACUUGCUCGGGUUGAGGCUGCUUCGGAACUCGCACAGACUGAGACCUCGUCGGAAGAGCAUGAGCAUGAGCAUGAGCCCAAGCCCGUUGGAGAUGAAAACCUUGAAUAG